AAUGAAUGCUGACUCAGAGCUUAGUAUCCCAGCAUUCUUGGCUCCAAUGUGAACUUUAUCCCAUUCUUUCUGCCUUAUUUUUUUUUCCCCACUAUUUCACUUUCGUGACAUCCUCUGUCAUCAUCCUGGAAUUUCCACUGGAGCAUCUCCCCGCUGACUCCAGGACUCCCUAUUAAAAGGGAUCUGCAUCUAGCUGCUGCAGACUGCUCCGCAUCUGCCUGAGCUCCUGGUCCCACUCCGUCAGCCCUCAUCCAACAGGAAGAUGAAGCUCUCUGCAGUUGUCCUUGCUCUUCUCCUCAUUGCAUCCUCCUGCUCCCAAGCUUCCUCUGCCCCAGUGGGACCUGACAUCCCGACCUGCUGCUCCACUUACAUAGACCACAAGCUCCCACGGAACCUCAUCAGGAGUCACUUCAGCACCAGCACCAGCUGCUCGCAGCCGGCCAUCGUCUUCAUCACCAAGAAGCAGCGUGCGGUCUGCGCCAACCCCAGUGACCCCUGGGUGCGGAGCUACCUGCAGAGUGCCAAGCGGGACUGAGCAGAGCCAGGCAGGAUGGGACGCAUUGCUGCCACGCUAGCCACGUCACCACGAGCUCCUGACAUGGAGCACGGCUUCGGUACGGCUGCACGAGCCCACGUCGCCUGCUUGCAGCUCCCAGGGACUGCAGGAUGGGGACCACAGACAUCUCAUGUUGGGUGCAGUUUGCACAGCCCACUCUGCAGCUCCAGCACAUAGCUCAACACCUCUGCCUGCAGACUAGAAAGGUCCAUGGCACAUCUGUUGUUCUUAGGUUAUUUAAAAUUAUUUAAGAAAUUACCAUAAGAGAUAGGCAGUAUUCUCAUCUCUGGGUUAAAUUUAUGGGAGGGUGGCAGGGAGAGUAUUUAUGGGAGGGUGGCUCAGAAUCUCCUCAUGAGGUGAGGGAUGGCUCUGGCUCACUUGUAUGAAAGUGUUGUAAAAAAUAAAGAAUG